AUGGAGCCACUAGAACCAGACAUACUGAAUAUAUCCUGGCUGAUUGAGCAAAACUACCAGCUUAUUUUGGCCAUGUUAUUUGCCAUUGAGGAAAUCAACAGGAACUCCCAACUUUUACCAAACACCUCUCUGGGAAUUGAUGUGUAUAAUCUUCUACCUGCUGAAAGGAAUGUUCUAGAGAGUGUGUUUUAUUGGCUGACAGGUUUGAGCGUCUUCAUCCCUAAUUACCACUGUAGAAAAGAGAGAAAAUCAGCUGCCUUACUUACAGGAACAAGACGGAAAACAUCUGAAAUCAUUGGGACAGUGUUGCAUCUUUACAAAUUUCCUCAGCUUACUUUUGGGCCUUUUGAUCCUAUUCUGACUGAAGAAAGCCAGUUUUCAUCUCUGUAUCAGGUGGCUCCAAAGGAUACAGCUCUAACACAGGGCAUCACAUCUUUGAUGCUUCAUUUCAGCUGGAACUGGGUUGGAGUGCUCAUCUCAAGUGAUCACAGAGGUGCUCAGUUUCUAUCAGACUUAAAGAGAGAACUGGACAGGAAUGGGGUCUGCAUAGCUUUUGUGGAAACAGUGUCAUUUAUAGGGGAACUAGUAUAUUAUAAUCCUGUGUAUACUAAGUGGCGUAUUCUGGAAUCAUCAGCAAAUGUGAUUGUAAUUUAUGGAGACAGUACUUCUUUUUUAACUGUAAUAAUAAAUAAAUGGGGAAAAUUUAUAUCUAGGUUUGUGUGGGUCAUGAACUCAAAAUGGGGUGGUAACAAGUUUCAUGAAUAUACCAUGUUAGAUUCAUUCCAUGGGAGCCUCAUCUUUUCACCCCAUCAUGGGGAGAUUUUGGGUUUCACAAAAUUUAUGCAGGAAGCCACCCCUGUAAAAUACCCAGAAGACAUUUAUCUUCAUGUCCUGUGGAACCUUUAUUUCAAUUGCUCACUUUUGUGUUCUAAUUGUCAAAUCUUUGAAAACUGUCAGCCCAAUGCCUCUUUGGGAUUGUUGCCAGGGAACAUUUUUGACAUGACCAUGGCUGAAGAGAGUUACAAUGUGUACAAUGCUGUGUAUGCAGUGGCCCACAGUCUCCAUGAGAUGAUUCUCAGUCAAGUUCAAGAUCAAACAGAGGCAAAUAAAGAUAUAACUCUGUCAUUCUCUUAGCAGCUUCACCCUUUUCUGAAGAAGACUCAAGUGAAAAGUCCUGUAGGAGACCUUGUGGUUCUGGAUGAGAAAAAGAAGUCAGAUGCAGACUAUGAUAUUAACAACCUUUGGAAUUUCCCAACAGGUCUUUCACUACAGGUGAAAGUGGGUACAUUUUCUCCAAAAGCUCCACAGGAGCAACAAUUGUCAAUAUCUGAACAUAUGAUGCAAUGGACUACAGCAUUUUCAGAGAUUCCUCAGUCUGUAUGCAGUGAGAGCUGCAGUCCUGGAUUCGGGAAAGCCAUCAUGCAAGGCAAGCUUUCUUGUUGCUUUGACUGCACUCCUUGCCCAGAGAAUGAGGUUUCCAAUGAGACAGCCAGUAUGGAACAAUGUGUGAAGUGUCCAGAAACUCACUACGCAAAUGCAGAAAAGACACAGUGCCUCGAGAAAACUGUGACCUUUCUGAAUUAUGAUGAUCCCUUGGGGAAGGGACUCACUCUCAUCUCACUGGGAUUCUCUGCACUCACAGCUGUUGUUAUUGGGGUCUUUGUAAACCACAGAGACACGCCAAUUGUCAGGGCCAAUAAUAGAUUUCUCAGUUACAUCCUGCUCAUCAUUCUUAUGCUCUGUUUCCUCUGUCCCUUGCUCUUCGUUGGCCUUCCCAACACUGUAACCUGUAUCCUGCAGCAGAGUUUAUUUGGAUUUCUUUUUACUGUGGUUCUCUCCACUGUGUUGGCCAAAACCAUCACUGUAGUUUUUGCCUUCCAGAUUACUGCUCCAGGGAGAAGGACAAGAUGGCUACUAAUAUUGCAGGCCCCUAACUUCAUCAUUCCAGUUUGCACCCUAAUGCAAGUACUUCUCUCUGGAAUAUGGCUGGGAACAUCUCCUCCAUUUAUUGACAUAGAUGCUCAUUCUGAACAUGGACACAUCAUUAUUCUAUGCAACAAGGGGUCGGCUGUUACCUUCUACUGCAGUCUAGCAUACCUGGGAGUCAUGGCCUUUGGUAGUUACCUCAUGGCUUUCAUGUGCAGAAACCUGCCUGACACAUUUAAUGAAGCCAAGUUUCUGUCUCUCAGCAUACUUGUUUUCUACAGUGUGUGGCUCACUUUGCUCCCUGUCUACCACAACACCAAGGGGAAGGUUAUGGUGUCUAUGGAAGUCUUUUCUAUCUUGGCUUCUAGUGCAGGCAUUCUCUGUCUAAUCUUUGCCCCCAAGUGCUAUAUUAUUUUGUUCAGGCCAGAUAGGAACUCACUUCAUCACAUUAGGGACAAAAUACACAGUAGGAGCAAAACUUGCUGA